AACCAUUUGACCUUGAGAUCUAAUAGCGGUGCUUUAGUGUAUGACGUUACCAUCAUGGUGCUAGAUUUAGAUCUUUUCAGAGUCGAUAAAGGAGGUGAUCCUGAACUUAUUCGUUCCAAUGAAAUCAAAAGAUUCAGAGGUACUAAACGUGUCGAUUUGCUAUUAGAAGCAGAUGAGAGUUGGCGGAAAGCACGUUUCAGAGCUGAUCAUUUAAACAAAGUAAAGAACUUCUGCAGCAAAACUAUUGCUAAGAAGAUUAAAGAAAACAUAGAUGGCCCGGAUUUCGAGUCUAAUUUGUUUGGUGAUGUAUUUGAUCGCCUUGAUUCACUUGUGGAAGCUGAUUUGCAGUCCUUGAGUGUAGCACAGUUAAAGUCUUUGUCCUGUCUUAUUGAUGAAGAAACAAAGAAAAAUGCAGCCUUCGUAGUGGAGUUCGAGUCUGUAAGACAGCAGCAAUUGUAUGAGAUUGGUAAUCUUCUACACCCAGAUGUACCGAUAAGCAACAAUGAGGAAGACAAUUUGGUUAUUCGAACUUUCGGAAAGAGCGAUUUUCGAAAACCUUUAUCUCAUGUUGAUUUAGUGAUAAUGGUAGAUGGUUUUGACGGUGAACGUGGAAGUACAGUAGCCGGAGGUCGUGGAUAUUUUUUAAAGGGGCCGCUAGUCUUCCUGGAACAAGCAAUCAUAAACUUAGCUCUACAAAUGUUAGAUGAACGUGGUUUUACGCCACUGUACACUCCAUUUUUUAUGCGCAAGGAGGCUAUGCGAGCAGUCGCUCAGUUAAGUCAGUUUGAUGAAGAAUUAUACAAAGUUACAGGCCGUCGUGAACUCAACGUCACAACCAAUCAUGAUUCACAAGCAAAUGAAACUGAAGAGGAAGAGAAAUAUUUAAUUGCAACAUCCGAACAACCGAUCGCUGCAUUUCAUCAAGACGAAUGGUUACCCAUUGAUCAAUUACCGAUUAAGUAUGCAGGGAUCUCGACUUGUUUCAGACAAGAAGUUGGUAGUCAUGGUCGUGAUACUCGUGGGAUAUUUCGUGUUCAUCAGUUCGAAAAGGUUGAACAGUUUUGUAUUACUAGUCCGCACGAUAAUCUGUCAUGGGAGAUGUUUGAUCAUAUGAUUUCUAAUGCUGAAGCAUUUUACCAGGCUCUGAAGUUGCCUUAUCGUGUUGUUUCCAUUGUAUCGGGUGAGCUAAACAAUGCUGCAUCUAUGAAGUAUGAUUUAGAAGGUUGGUUCCCUGGGUCCGGAGCCUAUAGGGAACUUGUAUCGUGUAGUAAUUGUUUGGACUAUCAAUCUCGUCGGUUAGCAAUUCGUUUCGGUCAGACAAAAAAAAUGAAUAAAAGUGUUGAAUAUGUACAUAUGCUCAACGCAACGAUGUGUGCAACCACUCGAGUUAUUUGUGCGAUUCUAGAGAAUUAUCAAGCAGAACAUGGGAUUAUUGUUCCUGAUGUUUUAAAAUCAUUCAUGCCCAAAAGUCAGUGUAUUUUUUUGUUAUUGAUGAAAAUAUUGUUGAGUGGGCUAUAAUCCCUUUUUUAAAAAUUUAUUCUAUGAUUAUGCAUGAUGCCUUCAUACUGUAAGAUUUAAUUCGUUCAACUUAGCAGCUAAACUAUUCACUUUUGUAUUAGGUUUUAUAUCACAUUUGCUGAGUGUUGGUGUUACCAACAGAGUACUGGAGUCAAAGUACUCUGUUUUAAGUAGUUGAGAGUUGGUUGCUUAAUCACUAACCCUCCACUUAGUGUUCAUAGUCUUAAUAUAUAAUCACCCCUGACUGAACAUCAGUAUUUUUAAUAGACUAUUAAAUCCAUGGGGGUUUUCAUUCAUAAUAAAUGCAACGUAUCUAAUAUCCGAAUCAUUGCGAUGUUGUGUAUAUAUGAAGUGAGAUGAUAAUGUAAUUAGCCAGUUUAUACCGUUAAUUUUAUCAAGUUAUUUCAGUCAAUAAUUAAAUGUAUCAUCUCUCCAUCAAUCACUUUGCUCACAUUUAAUCGUAUAUUCUCAUGUGUUUGUGAAUGUGGAAGAGUCUAUUAUUUAUUCUCUUAUUGGCUGUAAAUGUACUCCAUCAAUAUUUCGUGAUUCAUACAUAUACGCAUAUUCAUUCUUAUACAUAUUCUCUCCUGUUGCAUGGUUUGGUUGAUUUACACUUGGCUGUUGAGCUGAUACGUUUUCAAUGAAGUAACUUCGAUCUGAUUUCGUGUCUGCUUUUGAAUGUCUCGUGGUAAAUUAAAACUAGUUAUUACUUUGGGUUUUAUAACCAGUCAUAUAACACUGAUUAAGGAGUGGUGAGCCAACGUAUGAACUUGCCGCAGCCUACGACGAAACCGCCUCCAAAAUAAUUUGUUUGUCGCUAAUUGGUAAUUAUACCUACUCAGAAUCACGAUUGAUUACUAGUUGUAUUUAGUCGGUGUGCUAUUACAUAUUUUGUUUCAUGAGUACUGUGACAUAAUAUAUCAGUAUUAACUAUCGUUACAAUCACAUGGAACCAUUACGUAUUACACAGUGAACAUACUAGUAACCUUCCUCUCAUUCUCAUAGGAUCUAUUUCUCCGUAUAUCAAUUCCGUUUUCCUCUUUAAUCCGUCGACUUUGUCAGUUAAGGACACACUGAGUACAUGGUAGGUCGUUUAAUAUCAUUUGUGUGUUCUAUCGGGUAUUCUCGCUAGCUUGUCAGUGUCGCUGUUGCUGAAAUUUACUGUCUGCUGUAUAAUUUGCGGCAAUUCACAUAACCAUAAUCCAUAGAAUAAAGUAUUGUCUACUUUCGUACUUCCCCCUGUUUCGGUUUGGGCACUCGCGCAGCAUCACAGCCCUCACAUAAAUCAGGUGAGAUUUGUGCGGUGUAUAUAUAUCUGGUGCCCCCCUUGUACUAAUAUUUAUGUGUUUAAAUAAAUGAAAUAAAUCUAGGUCAUUGUCCGCCGGUAUCGUAGUUCGAACAAUCGUUUUUGUCUGUAUAAUUCAAAGUUCAAACUUUCUUGCCAAUAAGUUGCUGAACAAUAAAAUAGUGACUGAUAGAAUGUUUUUAAGAAACUUAGAACUACGAAGUUCUAGACAGAGACCUUAAAUACAGCUUUUUAAUUUUGUAUUCCGCUUCUUGAAGCUGCAAUACUCAUUAUGUAGUGUCUGUGCAUGGCUAAAUGCACUAUAGAGCAUCAUAUUAUUCGUUUACCGUUAGUGUUGUACUUCUCUUCAGAUCAAAACAUCUCAGUUAAUAUUCUUAUGUGUGCAUAUUGUAAUUACUUCUGUUCUUUAGUUAGUGUUGAUUCACUAACAGUUUGCAAUUAUUGUGAAUGAAUUAUUUUUGUCUCAUUCAUAUGAUAUAUUUGCACACUUUCUCUUUUCACUUAUCGUAUUAGAAUAUCAGAAAUUUAUACCAUUCAAAGGACAUGAAGAUAAAAUACCUGUCAGCAUUGAUAAUGUGCCAGAGACACUUUGCAAUUCAUCCAAUGCAAAAUUUCACGAUGAAACAUCGUUCAAUGAGCUGAAUGAAAGAAUAAAUGCUUUAACUGGAGCCACAGAAUCUGGUCUCGUCAAUGCUAUUUCUCAGAUAUCUGAAGUUCAAAAACGAAUCGAAGAUAAGUUAAAUACACUAAGUUUAUUCACCACAAGUAAUCACAUUGAAAAAGAUGUCCGUAACAAAAAUUUUGCUGUUGUUCAUCCUGUAGAAGAUAAAAAUGACCUUGAAGUUGAAAAUAAAGAUACAGUUGAUAAUGAGUCAGUGAGUUUACAAUCAACUACUCCAGAACCAACUGAUUCUAAGAAGAAGCGGAAGAGAAAACCAAAAAAGAAACAAUCGGAUUAGAAUUUUAUUUUACUGUGGUGCUCAGCUAAUAUUGCAUAUUAAUGUUUUAUUGUUUUGACUCACGCUUGCAUAUAAAUAUAAAUCUUGUCUGUGGUGUUA